CAGAUUAAAUGUGUUUGGUUACUGUUGUUUUUGAGGGGACAAAAUAAGAAAUUGAAUUUUAAGAGAAGAAAGUGUUUGAAUUAGCUAAAUUUUAUAAAGGAUUUAGAGCUGAAAAUGGAGAGAGAAGAUAUUUCUUAACUUAUAUGAUAGCAUACUUAAGAGAUUUUCUAUGUAAUUUUAAUAUAUAGAAAAAUCUUUUGAAACUUCAGUUGGAUGGAAAAAUGCACCUAGUGUUUUUGAAAAUGAAAUAUGAUUUGAAUAUAAUUAGAUAUAAAGAAGAAUGUUAAAAAAGAGGAGUAGAGAAGGAACCUUUUGUUUCUUUUAGAAUUUCUUAGGUUUAUGAUUCUGGUGAAACAAUUUAUGUUUAUUUUGGUUUUGGAUAUAAGGGAAUUACAGAUCCAGUUAAAUGCUAUUCUGAAAUUGAGGAUGCUGCAAGAGAGGAGAUGAUGAAAAAUGGAGGAUCUAUUUCUCAUCAUUAUGGUAUUUAGUGAAAUUUAUUAAAAUUAUUAGGUGUGGGUAAAUUGAGAAAGUAAUUUUUGUAAAAGUAAAUAGGAGAGACAAGAGUUGAGAUUUUAAAGAGAAUUAAGUAACAAAUUGAUCCAAAAAAUUAUAUUUGGAAAUCAGAAUUUAAUAUGAAAAAUGAUAUAUCAUUGUUUUAUAUGCAUGAAUAUAUAUUUAAAACUAACAGUUAAAGAAUUUGA